UUGCUGCCGUUUCUGGCUCUGUGAAACCCUUUUCAAGAUGGCCACUUCGGUGGACGUCAAUGAUACAAGCUGGAUGCAAGAACUGGAAAAUGCGCUGCUGUCAGAAUGUGACCUCAGCACACUUCGCCAGGUUUCAAAGAUGAAGCCUGUGCCUGAAUGCUUUCGUCCUUACGUUUGGAAGAUAAGCCUUGGAGUGAAAGGCAAGGAGGUCAAUGACUGGGAUGAAAUUUACGAUCUCUCAGAACAGUCUGUGAUCAGGAAAAGCUGCCAAGCCCUUGUCGACCGUUUUGGUAAUGAUGAAGAAGAGAAGCUAUCCGUCCUGUGUGACCUCGAGUCUGUACUCACGAGGUUUUGCAAGACGACUGGCUACAGAUACGAAGAAAAUAAUGGCUGGAUGGAGGUGCUAGAGCCACUGGUUGCUUUACACCUUUCGAAGUCUGAGCUGUAUUUCUGCUUCAGUGCAUUGAUUACCACCUACAUUCCAAGGGGUUGCCACAAAGAUGGUGCCGCAUUCCACCUCCUGAGACUGCUCCUGCUCUAUCAUGAUCCCGAACUCUGUUCCUUCUUGGAUACAAAGAAAAUUACUCCAGAUUCCUUUGCUCUUGUUUGGUUUCGCAGCCUUUUUUCUUCCACCUGUGACCUGAAAGUUAUUCAAGCCAUGUGGGACAUUUACCUGCAGCUGUCAGAUCCCUUUCUUGUAUUUUAUUUGAGCCUCGUCCUACUUGCCAACACAAAGGAGGAAAUUUUCUCACGAAAGAAUGAAAGCAAGGAGACACUUAUUGAGCUCAUUACUUCAGCCCCUUGUGCCUUAGAAGCUGAAGACAUAGAAGAUUUUUGCUCCCUCGCCCAGUUUUAUGCUACGAGAACACCACAGUCCUUUAGCAGGGAAUAUCAUGCUCUGAUCUUUGGCAGCGAAGAGUGCUUGUACAAGGACCUUCCUCAGGCUUUGUGUUUGCCUGUAUCUGUAUCUGAACUGGUCAUUUCAAGUAGGAUAGAGCUAGACAAGCAUUCAGUUGUGAGGUACUUCGUUGUGGACUGUAGACCUGCAGACCAGUACAACAGUGGCCAUCUCAAGACAGCAUUCCAUUUAGAUGCCAGCCUUAUGCUCCAGGAGCCACAGGCGUUCAACACUGCCGUACAGGCAUUGUUUGCAGCACAGAAGCAAGCCAUUGAUGCCGGUUCCAUAGCUGGGGGAGAACAUCUCUGUUUCAUGGGUAGUGGGCGAGAGGAGGAAGAUCAAUAUGUGCACAUGGUAGUGUCCAGCUUUCUACAGAAACAUCUUCAAUAUGUCAGUCUUGUACGAGGUGGCUACAAAGCACUACAUGACUUCAUAUCGGAAGACCUGGAAGGGCAUCUAGCAGACCAUACAGCACGACUGUGCAUAGUGUGUUGUUCGUCUAGUGCUAGCUCAACAAAUGGCAUUGAUGAAGAUGAUGUAUCAUUUCUUGCAAAGGUCACAACUGUGUUCAGGAGCAGAGCCAUGGACGUAACUGGAAAGUUGGUUGACUACAUCACCAACCCUCAGCAGCCACCACCUGACAGGCAUGUGAGCAGUUCGGACAAACUUGGGAAGAGGUAUCGUGGAAUGGCUCCUGUAUUCAGCAUCGAUGAUGAACACGAAGACAUGGGAGGACAUGGUGAUCGGGAAGAAAACGUCCAGGAAGAAGUAAGCAUCGGCACAUGGGUGAAAAAGAGCGAUGUCAUUGGGCACUUCAAAUGCGAUGAAUUGAAAGAUAAUGGUUACCUCUUUCCCAGCUACCUGAUUGUGACAGAGUCUCACAUGUACCUUCUACGAGAGAUGAGCCACAAAAAGGGAUGUGCUCGAAUAGUAGCGAGGCACCCUCUGGUGUCAGUGGUAAAAAUCACAAGUAAGAAACAGCACCCGGAGCUGAUUACGUUCAAGUACGGCGUCAGCGACAACAACACUGGUGCGUUCACAGUGACAUCAUGCGACAGGCUUGUGAUUCCAAAAGCAAAAGAAGCGACACACCUAAUCAAGACACAAAUAUUGAAGCUCCUCGAAGAAGUCGAGCGGAGGUAAUGGCGGUACGCCCAACUUCAAGACAGUGCCAUCCAUGUGACAUUGUGCAACAUUGUAGGUCCCUGAGAGUAGUGCAAUGUGAAAACAUUCCUCCUUUAGCAGGUAUUAGUGUACAGGUCGUGUAGAGGGAGGAAUGGUUUGUCAUCUAAUAGACAAGGAACAGUGGUGAGUAUACAACUCUGCUAUGCCUCUGUGUUGUUGACGUCCACUAGGGAGCAGGAUUUGGAUGCCAAGACAGUGUUAUCAUGGCAGAGUUAGAAGUCGGAACUCCAGUUUUACGACUCUGCUACACGCAACGUGUGGUAAUGACAUGUGGUUGCUUAGCCUGUAGGGAAAGCCUACGCAAGCUUAUGUAGCAAAAUCCAGAUUAUACGACAAUCGUUGCUUCCGUCUGUCCACCUUAUAUGAUGUUUCACUAUUCAAUAGGUUCACUUCACUUGGUGCUGCAUAAGAUGAUGCAUUCCUUUCAUUACACCUGUAGGGCACAGCGUUUGCCACGUGUUGCUGGCUGUGUAACCCGAGCUAUCUAUACGAUUUAUUCGGCCGCAUUUUGUUCCUCUAAGCAAGUUUGUGGAGAGAUGACAAGACACUUUUGAAUGGUGUGGCCGCUCAACACGAAAAUGCUCACACGGAAACUGUGCUGCAGUAACAUUGUGUGGUAUGUGAUGCUCUCGAUUGUUAUCGGCUAUGGCUUUGUCUUAGACUAAUAUGCAGUGUCUUUAUAUGCAGUGGUCCCUGAGUUAUAGCCCACAUGGAGGCAUAAAAUGCGAGCUAAAGCAGAGGUUACAAAGACAAAAAUCAGAUUGGUAACACUCAAAGCUGUCACCAUAAGAAUAAGUAUAACUGCUUGUAAAUGAAGACAAGAGUAGUUACUGAAGUGGUGUUGUCCUGCAGGCACACAAAAUAACACGACAUAUUGCUGUACACAUUGAUAGAUGUAGUUUACUGCAUCAUGCACACAUUGUACGGCAGACCAGAAUAUUGAGAAAAAAUGAUUGUGAUAGCUGUGCUCAGGGUCAUGCUGUUGAGUUUUAAUGUAAAACUACAGACAUGCUCUCCGUAACGGUUCAGGUGAUUUUGACUGGUGCUGUAGCAGUAAUGCUCGACAUCAUUGGCCUUGGUGGUGACGUGGUGGCUUCUUCUUUCGUCGUCUAUAAGUCCAGAACGUUCCACAACAGUGAAUGGCACUUUUUACAUUCCUUAGAGUUGACUCUGUCCCGUAGGACACAUUUCCUUUGAUUUUGAUUGUAUUUUAUCGUAUGUGCUGGCAUUAUCAGAAAAUUCACACUUCAGGGCACUAUUUUCUUUAUAACUUUUGAACCCAAAAUGGUCUUUCUGUAUGCAUACGGCUAGAGCUCAUCAAGGAGAAUCGUUUGGCUCCUGAGUUGUUUAGCUGUAGGAUAUGGUACGUACGCCAUGUGCAGUGAUUGUCGGAUGACCUUCAAUAGUUUUUAUAUUAUGAGCAUUUAAAAUUACUACCUGUUUCGUGACGAGAUUUCCUCAGUCGUGACACCUCACGCGUAAAAAAUAAUUGUUUUUCUAAGUGCUGUAGUUGGCGAGAUAGACACACUGAACAGACUUCCACGUUAAGCUUUGAUGCAGAGGAUCGGGAACCUUGCACACACCCAUUGGUUCCCAAAAACGUGAUCCCCCCAAUGCCCCCUCACUAGCAUGUAGGCCUGCAGUAAUGUCUGAGCCAGAUAGCUUCGGUAUUCGUGAUGCUGAUUUUCUAUGCAUCUAUUGUCUCCUAAGCUGUAAAACUUGUAAAUGCCGAUUCACGUCGAUUGCAUAUAAUCGUCUAUUAGAUUUGUCUGGCGUGCCCUGGGGUGAAGUGUCACAACCCUUUUAAAACCAUGCUGCUUGUUCGAGACAUAUGCCAAGUUGUGUUUGGAUUGUGGUAUGAAGAGAGUUUGGUUAUAGAGCAUGUAAGUUUGGGUGAGGAGGGAAUAUGUUUAUUGGUAUCAAAGGUAAGGUUAGCCAGACUACGAUCGACGAUCAGCAUUGUAAGCACUGCAAUCUGAAUCAUCCUCCUGGUUCUUGUAUGGUGGAUUUUAGCAUAGAGUAUCACUCGUGAGGUUCGCAACAUUCAUUGCUGUAGUAGUCAUUUUGCUGCCAUGUACAGGGUGUCUCAUGUAACGUGUCAAUAAAUUUUAGUUAAAGAGAGCAAUAAAAAAAACGACCGUUACUUUUCUGCUACUUGAGUUACAAACAGGUGGUACUUCUGAUGUAGCACCUGUUUGUAACUCAAUUAGUAGAAAACUGGUGAUCGUUUUUCUUUAUUGCUCUCUUCAAAUAAAAUUUAUUGACACGUUACGCGUGACACACUGUAUGUGGGACACAGACUGAGCGUAUUACCUACUAUUAUGUAGUAUGGUCUCACUUGCUUCCAGUGUUGGAACUUUCUCCUUUCUGAUUUUUUUUUCUUCUUGUGUGUGUGUGUGUGUGUGUCUACAACUACAACAUUAUCGUUAACUUUACGCAUAAGGCUGUCGUUGCCUGGCGGGAUAGUGCACUGCAAAGUGAUAGACAGUUUACCGUCGUCAUCAUCACGAGCUAUGUUAUGGCAGUAUUACAAUUACGGUAAUGUAAAUUUUGGCCUAACUACUCUCAUACCAAAUAUAUCGAGCCAUUAUGGGCUACACUCUCUCGUCUUUGUUCAUAGUGGGGUAUCGAAACAAAUCUUGAGCAAUAAUUCAGAACAAACAAACCAUUUUCAACGUGAAUUUUAAAGAUCAGUGUGACCUCUUUUGGUCUUUGUUUUUGGUGCUGAUCACAGUUUGUUGGCAUAGUAAGUGGCUUCUGACACUGCUGGCAAAUGUUUCACAGCAAAUGUUUUAUUGUUUUUGAAAAGGCAUCUAAUGACAUUCCUCCUAAUCAUCUUGUAAGUAAAUAAUUUUCCCUCACUUUUCAUCAUGUAUAGUUGCAUGGGUUUUUUUAUUGUUGUCGUCCAAGUUUUGAGAGAGAUGUCAUCGUGCAAAGAUAUUCAAAUGUUCAAUGUGGUAUACCUCGAGGCUCUUCCUUACGUUCAGAUUUGUUUCACAUAGACGAUAGGUGUGUCAAUAAUGAAUAGUAGCAGUAUUCAUUUUCAUAUCAUAGAGGCAAUAAUUUAUCCAGUGAUCUAAAUUUCUGCACACUGGGGCUUAACUGAACAGAUUUUAAUGUACACUUAACUUUCUAGUACAGUCACCGACCGAUUUUUCGGACCCGAUGUUUGGGGAUCAUGCUCGAUUAUUCGGACUCGUUCACGGAACGGCCGCGGGUCCCAUAGAGUUGAUGUAUAAGAACGUCCAAAAUUUCGGACGCCGUGCAGCCCCGUCGUUCGAUAUUUCGGACUCUGUUUGCCCGAUCACCGAAUUUCACUCUUGCGGUGACGGAAAAUAUUGAUAUCAUCCGAAAUUCGUAUCAAGAGAAAUCAACCAACUAAAAUAUUGAGGGAAAAAGAUAGGCAAUGAUUGUUCAUUUUACAUUCCUCUGAGUAGAAGAGGUCUGUCGUAAGGCUUUUGAGUCGUCAUUUUUGGCCAACAGCUUGAUUCAAAAGGCCGAGCACGUGCUGUCCGCCCGCGAGUCGCGCGACAGCGCUGUAAAGUCAGCUUCACCUAAAGCACGCAUGUGUUAGGUGAAGCCGACUUGUGGACUUGAUGGCGGCGGUGCCUCUGUCAGUGUACGGUGACGAAAUAUCGCUUCGGGAAAUAGAAGCUGAUGUCAUCAGGUAGAGCUGAAAGCCCGUUAGGAAAGCAUCGACAAAUUUUUCCAACCUACUAGAGCUCAGUAAAGUUUAUUUUGAAGCGAAAUUCGUUUUUCGGACUGCUCGAUUAUUCAGACUUCUGUGCGAUCCCCCCCCCCCCCCCCCCCGAGUCCGAAAAAUCGUACGGCGACUGUACUUUGCUGAUAAGAGUCAGUUAUCCUAAAAUCAAAAAUGUAAUGUUAUUGCAAGCGAGGAAGUAUGUGUGAUUGUGUCUAUGCUUGUUCUGCAAAAAGUAGUUUGAAAUUUGAGAAGUACAUGGGCAUACCUCUGUAGAAAUUAAUGACUAAUGAGACAUUGCUGAAAGCUGUGAACCUGUGAAUGUUGCAUAUCACACAUAGAGUAAAAGUAGUAAUUUUAAUUAAUUUUGCAAUCAUUUUUCGUGAAGUACAUGUAUUGGUAACAAUGACAGAAAAAGUACAGCAAUUUGCAGCGGCUUGUUGCAAAUUCUAUUUCCUAUCUUCCUUUCUUUCUUGCACUGGCAGCAAGUGAAACUCACUCAUUGCCAACAAGUGAGAUUUCACUAUUUCAGCGCACAUUUAGAGCACUUUGGCAACAUUUUCACAAAUGAACUCCACUCUCAUUCCAACAUCAUAUCAUCAUUACUCAAUCAUUCUCAACUCUUGAAUGUCAGCUUGAAGUUCAGCAUCAAGGAAGGGUUUGUCUUCAUGAGGGUGUUGCAGUCUUACUGUUAGACGUACUUAAAUAACAAAGAUGAAUGAGCUCCAUGGUACAACUGCAUGAAACAUGUAUGGUGAGACUAAGGUCCCGCAAAACAUUCCAAAUCCAAUCCAUCCACUUUUUCAGUUAAUAAGCCCAAGGAAUUGAGCAAGAAUUUAACUUAAGAAAGAGAAAGAACGAAGAUAAAAAUUUAAGAAAAGAAAUUAACUUACACAGUAUGCAAUCAUGGGAGGACUAUCCGUGGCUGUGUGCUACAAUAGAAGAGCAAUUUUGAACAAGUUAAAAAAAAACAUUAAAAAUGCACAAGAAAAUGUUUCUUCGCAACCACGAUGGGUACAGAUUACAUGCCCUUAUCUCAUGACUCCAGUCUUCGUUGUCUUUUUUUUUAUGAGAGGGGGGGGGGCAUUUAGUGCCCAAAAUUCUGAAAUCCUGAGCAUGCCUCUAGCUAUCAUGCACCAAACCGUUGUGUGAGAGGUACAGCUUGGGACAAAAGUUUACGGAACAUCGGGGUGUCCAUUUCUCCAUUGGUGCGACACCUUAGCAGCAAACAGGGGCAGACAAACAUACUGAGAGAUGGAUACAAUAGCCAGUCACCUGUUUCUUAUUCGAUCUGUUCUGGAGGGCUAACAGGGGACCGCUCCGAUGAACAAAUACGCUAGUGCCGUGUUCCAUAAACUUUUGUCCCAAGCUGUACUACCCCAAUACUUGUCUACGAUGGGACAUGCGUAACUAUGAUGUGUCAUGUUGUACAAAGAUUCUUGUACAUGACAUUGUUAGAGCCCCAGCUAGUAAUUUCAGGCACAGUAAAACCCCCUCAAUUUUGCAAUAGUUCGCAUAUCUGCAAGCAACUGGUGGCCUUCAUGGUGGUAUGGUAGUGUUUGAUGCUUUGCGCUGCCCAGCGAACUACCUGUAAGACAUUUGUCACACACCAACGAUUGCACGCUUUAUUUGUGACACCUUUCGUAUCUUUCUUCUGUUUCUUCAUGCUUACAGCUAUCCAAUCAUGGUGUUCAAUUUCCCCAAGGCUAAUGGUGUGAUGACUUGCUGCAGUUAUUUAAUGGAAUAGGUUAAAGCAUGCCUUCAAAAGCAACAACAUACAAAAGCGUGCCACUACCGCUUACAAAAGCGGUACGCUAUACAUGGAAAUCUUCGUUGUAUUUGUACGCUUCUACAUCCCUUGCACCAAUAUUCAAAGCAGAACGCCACAUUAAUGUGUGUGUCGUUUCAUGCACAAGGUGCGCAAACGGGUGUAGAAAGACAGGCUUUCAAUGUGCAUACUCAUUUCAUUUUAUCUCAGAACAGUCGUAAAAUUGGAGUUCUUACCUGUUUCUGAAUUGUCAUUUAAGGGAACAGAUAUAGCUUGCUUUAUUUUUGUUGCAGCUGUACAGUGAAUUUGGCGAUAUUUUGUGGUGACAUUCUUUGGAAUGUUGAAUAAUACAGGAACCAAAGCUUUCUUAUUAAAUGUAUGAUGUUUGGAUAUGUGAGGAUUUAGGCAUAUUAGGAUACGGUUGAAGUGUUGCUUGUUAGUAUUGUCCUUGUUUGUCACCCAUGUCCUGAGAAGAAGCUCCUUUAGUCGUUCACAUUAAAAAGAUGAGAGUACCGAUGUACCUCUUUCUUCAUGA